AUGGACUCGUUUCUGUAUGUAACAUGUAUGAACGAAAGCUUUUCCAAACAUAUUCAACCAACAACGGAAAAAAAUCUGAAAGAAAUCGAAGCGGAUGAUCUCUUACUAGAACAAUUGCAAGCUGAACUGGACCAACGUUACAGUGCUCUUGAAGAUUUACAAAAGUCGGGAAAUACCUACGAUCGACAAGAAGUCGAAAAAGAACUAGAUGCUUUGGAAAAAUUGCAAUACAAGUACAAUAAAGUUGAGGCGAGAAGGAAGAAGAACGCCAAACAAAAUUACGAACAAAUAUCAAAAUUUGUCGAUGCGUAUGAAACUGGUUUGAGUGCAUUGAAAAGUGAUGUCAAUGAUCGAAGUAUACUAGCAACUACGAAAGAACACAAUGAUUCAUUAACAAAAUCGAAUACUUUUCAAAGCGCGGAUUUCGAUACAAGUCAAAUGGACCCAUUGUUCAAGAAACGAUUGGAUAAUUACUGGAAGGAAGGUAGUGCAAUCUAUUAUCGAUAA